AUGUCAAGGUUUGAAACAAGGGGAUACUUAGUCUACAAAGUCUCACACAAUGGAUGUGGUACCUUUGCAACUAUACAAGAAGCGAUAGAAGCAAUUCCAACUUCAAAUCGAAACAAAAAGCUUAUACUUGUGGAUUCCGGCAUCUACAUGGAAAGGGUCAUUGUUCACAAAAACAAGACCAACAUCUUGAUGCAAGGUAUGGGUUACUUGAGCACAUCGAUUGAGUGGAAUAAUACAGCAGCUUCUUGCAAUGGCAGUACUUUUGCUAGUUUCUCGGUUGCAAUACUUGGAGACAAAUUCACGGCCAAAAAUAUAAGUUUCAAGAACACCGCUCCGUCGCCAAAUCCUGGUGCAAUUGGGGGACAGGCAGUGGCUCUAAGGAUAAGAGGAGACAAAGUCGCGUUUUAUGGAUGUGGGUUCUAUGGACAUCAAGAUACGCUUCUAGACCAAGAAGGACGACAUUUCUACAAAGAGUGCUUCAUCGAAGGAUCGAUAGACUUUAUUUUCGGUAAUGCAAGGUCGCUUUACCAGGAUAGCACAAUUAGCUCGAUUGCAAAGGAGAAUACAGUCGGGUGUAUCACAGCAAAUGGAAGGGAAUCGCAGACCAAUCGAACGGGAUUCGUUUUUCUGAACUGCAAAAUUAAAGGCAGCGGGAAAGUGUGGCUCGGGCGCGCAUGGAAACCUUAUGCGACAGUGGUCUUCUCUAGGACAUAUAUGUCUCGAGUCGUUUCCCUUGAUGGAUGGAAUGACAUGAAAGAUCACAGCAGACAAAGGACGGUGUAUUACAGGGAACACCGGUGCUAUGGACCAGGAGCAAAUCACAGCGAAAGGGUUCCCUACGCGAAGCAACUCACGGAUGUAGAGGCUGCUCAUUUCACCAACAUCUCAUUUAUCAAUGGAGGCGAAUGGCUUUAG